GCCAUGCCCCUGGUCAUGGAGAAUGUUAAUUCCAAAACCAAACUGUAAGUUUCCAAAAGCACUUUAAGAAUCUAAAAUAUUAAACAGUGACAAAUAAAGCAUUGCCUCUCUAUGAUGCCAAUGCAUUCUUGAUCCCUCUCUUGGUUUAUUCUUCUCUGUCGCCACACCUUCCAUCACUGCUCUUUCGACCCAUCUACCUGGCUAUUUUUUUUGUGUGAACUUGGAAAGAUGAUUCAAUUGCUGCUUCCACUGGUGCUCAUCGAGAUGGGUCUGACUGUGAUCCUCGUGUUCGACACGCCUGUAAUAAGGAAACUUGUGAUGAUGGGGUUGGAUAGGGUGAAGCAGGGGAGGGGACCGUUGAUGGCGAAGACUGUUGCAGGAACAUUGUUUGUGGUGUUCAUCUCAAGCUUAUAUGGUGUGAUGACAACCCAGAAGCGUAUGAUGGAAACAGGUUCGGUUAAUCCAACGGAUGAGGUUCUUCUUGCAACUAAUCUGCUAGAAGCGUCAAUCAUGGGAUUCUCUCUAUUCCUUGGAUUGAUUAUUGAUCGCCUACACUACCAUAUCAAAGAGCUUCAUCUACUGAAUAACAAUUUGGAUGAAGCCAAGCAACAAUUACUGGGUUACAACAAUUUGAAAAGCAGAGGCGUAGAUGAGACUAAGGUGUUGAAGAAAGAAGUUUCUGUAAGCAGUACCAAGGACAAGCCACUCAAGUCUGAAAACAAGAUCAAACUGCAAGAGGCCGACCCCAAGACCAUAGCACGGCUUUGAAAAGAGCCAUUUUUUUGUGGUUCAGGAUUAUCUCGUCAUUAAUGAUCUCAAUUAUGAUCGGCCAACUCAACAACAGUAAAACUCAAAAUCUCAUGAUCUUGAAAUUCUCCAUUUCAAUUGAAUUGGUGAAUUAUAAUUGAUUGAAAUCAUUAAUGAUGUGACGGUCCUCAAUAUUUUCUUGUUAAAAAAUAAAAAGCAAUCACAAAAUUAUAAUGAUAAUAAUUAAUAAUUCUCAUGAAAUAUGAGAUUUUUAUAUUUUUAAUUCAGUUGGAUUGAGAAGGAAAACAAAUUGUUUAACUUCCCAAAAUAUGUAUAUAUAUUAUGUGUAUUGUAAAUUGUAAACUAAUCCAUAUGUGUCCUGCAAUUUGGACAAAAGAUGUUUAUUCUAUUUAUGAUGUAUGUGACCUUUAGAACAUGUUCUUUA